AUGUCUCAGCCUACCCGCCUAAUAUGUAUCGGAGCACACCGCUCCCUGGCACUCAAACUCCAGCCAAGUCUCUCCCCGCACGUCAGCUACAUCGCCAUCCUGACCAAGAUCGAACCAAGCAAAACCUACUCUCCAGAGAAUCUAGCACUGUUGCUUGAUGCGCUCCACCCAUCCCCAGACGGGGUGAUUGUUGGUGGCGGCUUCGGCGAUGAGGAGGUCGAUGAGAUGAUGAAGGUCAUCGCCCUGAAAAAACGAGAGGACGGUACCUCGUUCAAGUUCAUCAGGGUCCCAGUGGGUACGAUCGAGGCCAGCGGACCCGAGGGUCUCGUGAACAAAGUUAAGGAGCUCCUCGCAGAUGCUUUUGCAGUCCAGUGGUAG